UCCAAGCUGAGAGAGACCAUUAAUUUCCUCUCUUCUCAACCCUACCACUUUUCUUCUUUUUCUCUUUCAAAAUGUCAAUACUCCAGAGACUAUUCUAUGCGCUUGUGAUUCUUCUUCUCUUCAAUUCUGGCCAAACUUUGUGCCAUACAAAGGGAAUUCGGCCGAGGAGAUCGGCUAAUAAUAAGCAGCUUCCCGCAAAUAUGACUAGAGCACAACUCUCAGAACAGCAAUUCAUUAAGUGGGUCAAGUUUGUUGGACAUCUUAAGCAUUCUGUUUUCAAGACAGCAAAGAACAAGCUCUUCCCUUCUUUUACUCUAACCGUGUCGAAGAAUCCGGCGACCGGAGACUUCACGUCGAUUCAGGAUGCUAUCGAUUCUCUCCCAUUCAUCAAUCUGGUGAGAGUGGCCAUCAAGGUCCAUGCAGGUGUUUACACGGAGAAAGUGAAUAUACCACCGUUUAAAUCAUUCAUAACCAUAGAAGGAGCUGGUGCAGACAAAACCAUUGUUCAAUGGGGAGACACUGCUCAAACACCCGGCCCAAGAGGGCAGCCUUUGGGGACCUACGCCUCUGCAACUUUUGCCGUGAAUUCCCCUUAUUUCAUUGCCAAGAACAUUACAUUCAAGAACACUACGCCGGUGCCCGCCCCGGGAGCAAUUGGGAAGCAGGCAGUUGCAUUUAGAAUAUCAGCAGACACAGCAACAUUCUUGGGAUGCAAAUUCUUGGGAGCACAAGACACACUCUAUGAUCAUUAUGGGAGACAUUACUACAAGGAUUGUUACAUUGAAGGCUCGGUAGAUUUCAUAUUCGGAAAUGCGCUCUCUCUGUUUGAGGGAUGUCACGUGCACGCAGUAGCACAGUUAACAGGGGCACUAACAGCACAGGGAAGGAAGAGCAUAAUGGAAGACACGGGGUUCUCAUUUGUCAACUGUAAGGUCACGGGUUCAGGAGCUCUCUAUCUUGGGAGGGCAUGGGGUCCUUUCUCCACAGUGGUCUUUGCCUACACAUAUAUGGACAACAUUAUCAUUCCCAAAGGCUGGUAUAACUGGGGUGACCCUAGCCGUGAAAUGACGGUGUUUUAUGGGCAAUACAAGUGCACAGGACCAGGAGCAAACUUUGCAGGAAGAGUGGCAUGGUCAAGAGAGCUCACUAAUGAGGAAGUCAAACCUUUUAUUUCACUUAGCUUCAUCGAUGGCUCUGAAUGGAUCAAAUUGUGAUAACAAUAUAUAUUGCAUAUUCAUAUAAUACCAAAAAAUAAAAUAUAUAUCUUUUGUAAAAUCA